UCAUUACAGAUAGGGUAGUCGCAGAACGUGUCUCUGAGGUGACUUUUGAAUCUUACCCCAAGGCGCCUAUCAAGAGUCUUUAUUAUCCAAUAAUUCAUUCUUAUAGAAAUUCAUAGUAUAAUUUUCUUCUUGGCUACUGCCUUGGAGAUUUUGUAGCUGGACCCCGCCUUCUGGGCGGAGCCACGCCCGGCCCAAGGCGGGACCUCAUUGGCUCUGGCCGACCACGUGCUGCAGUCGCCCCCGGCAGUGGGUGUCUCGCCUCACAGGCGUUCCAGCUGUCGAUCAAGGGCCGGGCUCCACCCCCGGCGCGCCGCUGAGUCUCUAUAAAAGGAGCCGGCGGACGGUGACGAACCUUUACGCCGGCGCGUGCGUGUGAGGUCAUCGCGUGGACGGGCGGGCGGGGUUGGCGGUUUGAACGAGACGAAGACGGAACCGGAGCCUGGCGCGGGCAGUGGACACGGUUCCGCCAAGAGCCGAAGAUGGCAGUGAAUGUAUACUCGACGUCAGUCACCAGUGAUAACUUAAGUCGACAUGAUAUGCUGGCUUGGAUCAAUGAGUCUCUGCAGUUGAAUUUGACAAAGAUCGAACAGUUGUGCUCAGGAGCUGCCUAUUGUCAGUUUAUGGACAUGCUGUUCCCUGGCUCCAUUGCAUUGAAGAAAGUGAAAUUCCAAGCUAAGCUAGAACACGAGUACAUCCAGAACUUCAAAAUACUACAAGCGGGUUUUAAGAGGAUGGGUGUCGACAAAAUAAUUCCUGUGGAUAAAUUAGUAAAAGGAAAGUUUCAGGACAAUUUUGAAUUUGUUCAGUGGUUCAAGAAGUUUUUUGAUGCAAACUAUGACGGAAAAGACUAUGACCCUGUGGCUGCCAGACAAGGUCAAGAAACUGCAGUGGCUCCCUCCCUUGUUGCUCCAGCUCUGAAUAAACCGAAGAAACCUCUCAGCUCUAGCAGUGCAGACCUUCUAAAAGCUCCACAGAGGCCCAUUUCAACACAGAGAACUACUUCUACGCCUAAGGCCGGCCCCGGGGUGGUGCGCAAGAAUCCCAGUGUGGGCAAUGGGGAUGACGAAGCAGCCGAGUUGAUGCAGCAGGUCAACGUAUUGAAACUUACUGUCGAAGACUUGGAGAAAGAGAGAGAUUUCUACUUCGGAAAGCUAAGGAACAUUGAAUUGAUUUGCCAGGAGAACGAGGGGGAAAAUGACCCUGUAUUGCAGAGGAUCGUAGACAUUCUCUAUGCCACAGAUGAAGGCUUUGUGAUACCUGAUGAAGGGGGCCCACAGGAGGAACAAGAAGAGUAUUAACAGCCUGGACUAGCAGAGCAACAUCCGAAUUCUUCACUCCAAAUCAUGUGCUUAACUGUAAAAUACUCCCUUUUAUUAUUCUUAGAGGACUCACUGGUUUCUUUUCAUAAGCAAAAAGUACCUCUUCUUAAAGUGCACUUUGCAGAAGUUUCACUCCUCUUCCAGUAAGUUUGAGUUAGGAGCUUUUACCUUGUUAGGAGAGCAGUAUUAACAUCUAGUUGGUUCACUUGGGGAACAGAGAGGCUGCCGGGGGGCUCACCAUGUGGAUGCGGGUCACACUGAUCGCUGGAGACGGUGUUAUGUAAUACACUGAGGUGGCGACCUCAGUAGAGAAACAUAAAGACUGAAUUGAAUUUUAAGCUAAUGUGAAAUCUUGGCAGACAACAUUGUAAUAAAUAAAUGCCUUAAGAGUAUUUAAAAUAUGCUUCCAUAUUUCAAGGUAUAAAAUAUGACAGAAGAUUUUAUGUGUUUGACAUCAUGUCUGGGAAGGAAGGGCCAGACCUCAGAACCUUUGGAAACUGCUGUCAUGGGUCUUACAGGGCUGCUUGAAUCCUCAACGGGCCUAGGCUUUGGCCCAAAAGGAAUGGUUAAAAAGUUGCUCUGUAAAGUCAUUUGAUGUCAUUGACCAAUUGCAUCCCUGCUAAAAAAGCAAGAGGCAUUGUUGCCUGGAUGAAUAAAGGGUGUUUCAGCCCUGAGAUUUUAGGAGUUAAAGAACUCGAUUUUCAUUGAGCAUUUCUCUGACGACUUUUCCAAUUAUCCCUGAGAUUUCUAUGUAUUAUGCUUUUUGGGUAUUGAGGGUGUGUCCAGUUUUUUAAUCUAACAACUACUUUUGGGGACUUGCCCACAUCUCUGGGAUUUGAAUGGGGGUUGUGUCCCAUUUUACUGUCUUUUAGGUUUACAUUUAACAUGUUUCUCUUCUCUGUUCCCCUUGCCCACUGGGGAUUCCUCUUUGGCUCCUUAAAGUUUGCUGCUUAGAGUUGAAAGUACAGCAGGCAGGUGAUCAUGCUGCAAGGUUUUUCUGGACCUCUGGCAAAGGGAGUGAUCAGUGAAGGCCAUCGUUACCUUGGGAUCUGCAAGGCUGUGGUGUUUUUGGUAUCUGCUGCCCACAGCUCUCCACUGUUACUUUGCCAGUGCACUAAUCUCUUUGGAGAUAAAAUUCAUUAGUGUGUUACUAAAUGUUAAUUUUCUUUUGCAGAAAAUACAGUACCAUGUCUGAAUUAAUUAUUAAUAUUUAAAAUAUUUCCUUCCUUAACUCUCCCUCAUUUUCUUUGCCCAUAGCCUAUUCAAUCCCUUUGUUUGGCAGAAUUCUGCAAAAUGUGUGUCACCCACUACUGAGAUUGUUCAGCCCCUGAUGUAUUUGUAUUGAUUUGUUUCUGGUGGUAGCUUGUCCUAAAAUGUGUGUAGAAAGCAAGUAUUUUAUGAUAAAAUUGUGUAGUGCAUGCUCUGUGUGGAAUUCAGAGGAAAACCCAGAUUCAUUGAUUAACAAUGCCAAAAAAUGCAAGUAACUAGCCAUUGUUCAAAUGACAGUGGUGCUAUUUCUCUUUUGUGGCCUUUUAGACUUUCGUUGCCCUAAAAUUCCAUUUUAUUGGGAACCCAUUUUCCACCUGGUCUUUCUUGACAGGGUUUUUUUCUACUUUAAACAAUUUCUAAAUAAAAUUCUGCAUUUCAAGAGU